UUUAAUUUGGUCUAAACUCUAUCGACCAGAGCGACUUUGAAAAAAAAAAAAAAAGACAAAACGAUUUGGCUUACUUUCUGCAAAUUUCAGAGUCUGUCCAGAGGAGUAGACCAUUUUUUUUGUUUUUACUUUUUCUUUUUAGUGUAUAUUUAUUUAAUUUUCUCUUAUUACAAACCCUCCGUUAUUGAUGGUGCUGUGUUUCUCCUUUUUCUUCUGCAACAACCACAACUAAAACCCUUUUAUUUUUCUCUUUCCAUCUCAUUCUUUUGUUUGUUCAAGGAAGAAAGAAAGGGGGAAAACGUAAAAGGAAAAUCUUCAGGAAAAGAGAGUCAUGUCAGGUUUGUAUAAUCCCAACUUCUCACCUGCAAGAGCUGCUUCUCCUCAGAUUAGAAGCACUCCAGAUGUUGACAGUCAGUACUUGUCAGAGUUGUUAGCGGAGCAUCAGAAGCUUGGACCCUUCAUGCAGAUUCUCCCGAUAUGUAGCAGACUGUUAAAUCAAGAAAUUUUUCGUGUUUCGGGAAUGAUGUCCAACCAGGGACUUGGCGAUUUUGACAGACUUCGGCAUAGAAGCCCCAGUCCCAUGGCUUCAUCAAACCUUAUGUCCAAUGUUGCUGGAACAGGUUUAGGCAGUUGGAAUGGUCUUCCUCAGGAGAGAUUAAGUGGGCCCCCUGGAAUGACAAUGGACUGGCAAGGUGCACCUGCAAGCCCUAGUUCAUACACUGUCAAAAGAAUUUUGCGCUUGGAAAUUCCAGUAGAUACUUAUCCAAAUUUCAAUUUUGUAGGGCGACUUUUAGGCCCUAGAGGCAAUUCGCUGAAACGGGUGGAAGCUACAACAGGUUGCCGUGUAUAUAUUAGAGGGAAAGGAUCAAUAAAGGAUCCAGACAAGGAAGAGAAGUUAAGGGGAAGACCUGGCUAUGAGCACCUUAAUGAUCCACUUCACAUAUUGAUUGAAGCUGAUUUGCCAGCCAAUGUUGUUGAUAUGAGGCUCAGACAGGCACAAGAAAUUAUAGAAGAACUUCUCAAACCUGUGGAUGAAUCACAAGAUUUUAUCAAGAGGCAGCAAUUGCGGGAAUUAGCUUUGCUUAAUUCAAAUUUCAGAGAAGAGAGUCCUGGACCGAGUGGUAGCGUAUCUCCUUUCAAUACAAGUGGAAUGAAACGUGCAAAAACAGGACGCUAAGAGAUGAUGCCUGCUUCUUUAUGUAUUGGCAUUCAUCUUGCUACACAAUUUCACAGAUGUGAAUAGCUUCCAAUGCAUGUCAAUUCAGCACAAUUACAAAGAAUAGGCUAACAGUUAUUGCUGGUGAGGAUUCUGGUGGGGGUUUCGUUUAUUGUUGUUUAUUUUUUCUCCCAAGGUAAAAAGACAAAAAAAGACAAAAAUGGCAAGCACUCUAGAGAAAAAAAAGAAGAAACAAAAGGAAUUAUUAGCUGGUUCUUGAGUUUAGGCUUGCUGAGGUCUUUUUUUUUUCUUCCUUUUUAAAUGUAAACUUUAAUAUAUUCAUUGGAUUUAUUCUUGUGGUAGAACUUGGAAGAGUGAAAUAUUAUCAAUGGUGGAAGGGGUUAGAUGUUAAAGACAA